AUGGCUAACAAUGGGCUGGAGUAUAGCAGAGAUGACGAGGAAGACACAGGCGAGAAGCCUUACGUGGGAAUCAUAGGAGGAAAGGAAUUGGGACCUAAUGCAAGACCCUACAUGGCUCAAAUUACAGGGAAGAACCUCUGUGCAGGAGCUUUGAUCAAAGAGGACUGGGUGCUGACAGCAGCUCACUGUGUUCGGACUGGCAGAUAUCAAAUUAUUCUCGGGUCCCAUUCCAAACAGGAACAUAAACAAACGUUUUUCAUUAAGAAGAGUAUUCAAUACCCAUGCUAUGAUCCAGAGACAUUUCAAGGGGAUCUUAUACUGCUGCAGCUGAACAGUAAAGCAAAGAUUACUGACGCUGUAAAAACACUUCCACUGCCAAAAACAGGAGAAGACGUCAAGGCCAAUACUAGAUGUCAUGUAGCAGGAUGGGGAAAAACCAGAAGAGACCAAUGUAGACCUUCGCAGACCUUGAGAGAAGUCAAUAUCACUGUUGUAGACCGAAGAAAAUGCAAUGAUAAAGACCAUUAUGAUUUUAAGUUAGUUGUUGACAAUAGCAUGAUCUGUGCUAGUGGUAGAAAUGGUGCAGAUGACACGUGUAAAGGGGAUUCUGGAAGUCCUCUAAUAUGUGAUAACAUUUUCAGAGGUGUCACUUCCUUUGGAGAGUGUGGAAACCCCAAGAAACCUGGUGUCUACACUCUCCUUACCAAAAAGUAUCUCAACUGGAUAAGAAAAACCAUUGGAGUAGUCAUGUGA